AUGUCGUUCCCUCCGGAGUGGCAAGACUAUUCACCAGGGCAGUAUGGGAUGGAAGAUAAUCUUCAGUUCGAUUACUUUGACUUUGGGUCCCAUCAGCAUGCACACCUGGCAACGGCACCAAUCUCCGAACCCCCGAGCCUUGGUCAAGCUACGACAAACAUGCCGGCGGAGCCUUCCAGAGAGAUGACUCUGCAAAGUUCCAUGUCCACGUCAAAUCCCACUCAGGUUAAAGGAAGGAGAGUUAGAACAGGAUGUCUGACAUGUCGUGAGAGGCAUCUCAAGUGCGAUGAAGCAGUCCCUGAUUGUAUGAAUUGUCGGAAAAGAGGCCGUGAAUGCAAACGAGGCGUGCGUCUCAACUUCCUUGAGAUCAACCUACACAGCCCUGCUGCUAUACCACAUCCAGAGGAUUGGGCAGGUAUAAGUUCCUCUCUCCCAAUGAAAGACACUGCGCUGAUCGAACUUCUAGUCGAGUUCCAAGACGAAUCGCGAGAUAUUGCCUCCGAAUACCGAGGCGGACUUGGUCGAUAUGCACCAUAUUCUCCAGGACUACAAGAUAGACACGACUCAAAGGAAGGAAUACCUCUGGGGGCAGAGAAUCAUCCAAGGGAGGCAGGCCCUUCCACUGACCGGUUCCAACCCAGUUCGCGACAGUAUUUCAGUUAUACACGGGAUAACACCACACCCAGAGCUUUAGACAACUCGAGACCUCCGCCGAAUGAUGCGAUUAAGCUUGAACAUAACGAUUCUGGGCAAGGAAUUAUGAGCGAUGUAUCGAAUAUUGCAACUCCGCCUUCAUCGACACGUUCGGCCGUUACCCCAAGGACAGAGACGUUUCCAGAACAACUGGUAGCGAUGCGGAAUCGUCCUUUAUCACAGCAGGCGACAGUCGAAGAUAUCAACAAAAUGGUUCUACCAGAUCUUGGAACAUCACCUCGUAACGAGAGAUCUCUGCAUGAACACGCCCAUGAAGACGAUCAUAUGCAUCAUUCGGCCGUCCGAAACAUUGAGCUGAUUGGCCGCGAUAUCCUCACCUCUGCUGAGGAAGUCCACUAUAUGCAAGUCUUUGUUGAUGAUGUUGCGAUCUGGAUGGACUCAUUCAAUAGAGAUAAAUACUUUGCCAGAAGUAUCCCGCAUCAUGCCCUUAGGUCGACCAUGCUCUUCAACGCCCUUCUUGCGUGUGGUGUGAAACAUGCUUCUUUGAUGUCCCAGGAGAACCACGACAAAGCGCUGUUCUAUUACAACACUGCAACAACACAGCUCUUAAGGAGUUUGCAAAACCCCGAUCGGAACACUGCCGAGUGUGCAACAACAGCAAUUGUGCUGAACGUAUACGAGAUCAUGUCCGAGAAACCUGCGCACCGAAUGAGUCACAUAGCAGGGUCUCGAGCACUGGUUCGAGAGUGUGGAUGGGACGCAAAAAGCAAUGGUAUCGGGUCUGCCUGCUUCUGGUUGAAUAUUGGGAUAGAAGUUCUGAACUGUCUUGCAGCAAAUUGGCAGACAACAUGGAGCCCUGAUGAAUGGGGUAUCAACUUUCCAGACUCCGACGACCAUCACCACAACCAAGACGGAGACGAACAGAUCUGGGUACACCGGGCAUUGUAUGUUGUUGCAAAGGUGACGAACUUUCGUGCAACUGCAGGCCAGUUUGACAACAUGAGCCCGCAGGCCGAGCAAAACUGGGUUGGUAACCGCCUGUCGCAAUGGUAUGAGCUUAAGAAGCUCUGUGACGGUUGGAACGCCCGCUGCCCGAGGGUGAUGCAUCCAUUUGGAUAUGUGAAAGCAGGAGACUCAUCGGGAAACUCUGUGUUUCCUCGUAUCUGGAUGAUCCAACGAGAGGCGACGAUUGGACAACUCCUAUUCCACACUGCUCAUUGUAUCCUCCUACAAACACACCCAACGGAGUCUUUUAGGUCUUCGGAGAGGCUGCGUGUCCUGCAACUUCACCAUGCGUACCAGGUCUGUGGUAUCGUUGCCCAUACCGCGGACAAAGGGGUCGCUAUAAUUGCAAUUCGUUGUUUGGCAAUCGCAGCUGCUGCACUCACCAACCCUAGCGAGCAAAGUGAAGUUCUCGAGAUUCUUGAAAGGAUCAACAACAAAAACGGCUGGCGUUUGGGUGCUAUAGAAAUGGAACUCAAGAAAGGAUGGGGCUGGCCAUGCAUGAAAAUGCCCACCUUGAGUCCGAAAACAGAAACUAGCCAUGAGCCAGGAGCUUCGAUCACGCGAAGAACCUCAACAUCUUUGACCCCCUCAAGGCUAUCGACACCGCCAGUAAUGUCCGCUGUGGGGAUGAAGACGUCGGUCAACCCACUGAGCUUUGCCGACUUCAAGUUGCCUAACCAUCCAUAUCAGAAUUGGUAUGAGCCACCCAGUCGGUCGAAUUCCUUCGAUACAUCGUCAUUAUAG